AUGGCGCCAAGACGCCUUAGAAUGGUGUGUUCCUCCGACGCAGACGACGAACCACAGCACCACCAGCAACCACCGCAAGUCGAAGAAUACGACGACGACGAUGUGGAAAUCGAAGUACAAGAACCUACACUAAACCUUGAAACAGUAACCCUAAACUCCUCAAACCCAAACCCUAACCCUAACCACAAUUAUAAUCCCUCUGAAGCAGUCCAGCUUGAAAUCUCCGAUGACGACUUCGUCGACGUCCCCGAAAACUUCUCUCCUCCACCUACACCUGCGCCUCCGCCUGCACCUGCACCUGCACCUGCACCAUCGAUUUCCACUCAAUAUGUCCACUCAUCCACAGCAUCGACAAUGAAUAGUUCUACCGAUUCCAACUUUGAAGCCUCUGAUUGUCCGAUCAGUGGAUUUUUACGGGGGCUAGGUCUGAAUUUGCGGAGGGAGUGGUUAGAUUCUUGCAUUCGCAACCUUGAGAGCUUGGUUCCGGGCUUUGUGAGGUUUGAUAAUGCCACAAAGGCGAAGCUCUGUUUUGAGCAGUUCUUGUAUUCGGAUAUGAACUACACUGGUGCUGGGGUGCUUCCGGAAAAUGUACACAACAUGCAUCUGGUUGAUCUGCCGGGGCCAUUUGUGUUGCAGGUGGAUGAGAUAGUAAACAUCAGUUGUCCUCUUCGAGGCAGGUAUCACAAUAUGCCUUCUGGUAUUAAGAGGUGCCUCAAGUUGUCUCUGACUGAUGGUGUUCAGCGUGUAUUUGGCAUGGAAUAUAGGCCUAUAAAAGAUCUUGAAGUUCUGGCUCCUGCCGGGAUGAAGGUUGCCAUUUGCAAUGUUAAUGUAAGGCAUGGGCUUCUAAUGUUGGUCCCUGAAGUUACUGAAGUUUUAGGAGGCUUAGUUGAAGAGUUGGAUGCAGCACGACAGAGGCUUGUUAAUGAAGUAAAUAAGCCACCUAGGGGAAAAAGAACCAGGACAGGGGUGGUUCCUUCUUUAGCAACUAGAGCUACUCUCGCUGCAUGGCCGCCAGACAGUGCCAAUCUUACAGCACACACCAACAGCCCCAUGGCACAAGUUGCAACUCCUUUUCAGGCAGAUAACCAGCGUACUUCAUCUGGUACUUCCACCAGUGCCAGAACUUCAGAAGAGGUUGCUGUUCCCAUUAGGAGCGAAGAAGCUGCAACUUUAACAUCAUCUAAUACAGUUUCGAUUGCUGAGGAUGUUCAUAUGGUAGACACGGUCGAACAAACGUUCAUACUAAGUGGUAACAGAGAAAUCCCUUUCACUUACUUAGCUAGUUUGUCAGCUAAGUGGGCUGCAAUGAAGGACAAAGCUCCCAGUGUUCAGGGAAAAAUCAAGGCAUAUCAUGUUCAUCCUUGUUUCUCUUUUUUGGAUCUUAAUUUUGGUUUCCAUCCAUGGCCUAUAGGUACUUCAUCUGGUACUUCCACCAGUGCCAGAACUUCAGAAGAGGUUGCUGUUCCCAUUAGGAGCGAAGAAGCUGCAACUUUAACAUCAUCUAAUACGGUUUUGAUUGCUGAGGAUGUUCAUAUGGUAGACACGGUCGAACAAACGUUCAUACUAAGUGGUAACAGAGAAAUCCCUUUCACUUACUUAGCUAGUUUGUCAGCUAAGUGGGCUGCAAUGAAGGACAAAGCUCCCAGUGUUCAGGGAAAAAUCAAGUGCUUUUUGACUGGCGUGAAGGGAUUCCAAUAUAAGCAAAGGACUAAAUUUGAGCUGCGGGUUUAUAUAGAUGAUGGUAGCCUCAUUUCGGAGAUGCUCAUCGAUCACCAUGUUGUACUGAAAGGAAUAGGACAUUCACCUGAGGAGGUCACUGCUGCUCUCGCUUCUUCAGACAAGAAGAAAGUUAGUGACAUGAAAGAGACUUUGAAACAAUUUCAAAGUUUCUUGGUGAAUUUUGAGGGUACGAUGCUUGUACAGCUGAAUGAAGCCUCUUCUAUUCCAAUUGCCAUUGAUAUGAACCAAGGUUGCCCUGCACCUGAUGCCUGGUUGCUUCUGAGAAGACUAAAGUCCUCCAAUUUUGCUCAACCACAGCAGCAUCCCAUCAUGGAUCCCAUUGAAUUAUCCCCAUGA